UUUCUCUGCCACUCCGUUUUCUCUGCUGCAGUCGCUCCUCCAUUCCUUCCCUCUACCGGCGCAGACAGGUUGAAGAAGGGGAAGAUGAAGACGAUUCUAUCCUCCGAUUCCAUGGACAUUCCAGAUGAAGUGAAGAUCAAGAUCAAGGCCAAGUUGAUCGAGGUUGAAGGUCCCAGGGGGAAACUCUCCCGCAAUUUCAAGCACCUGAAUCUUGAUUUUCAGUUGAUUACCGACGAGGAAACCGGAAAGAAGAAGCUCAAGGUUGACGCCUGGUUUGGCAGCCGGAAAACCACCGCAGCUAUUCGCACUGCCCUCAGCCAUGUCUCGAAUUUGAUUAAAGGUGUUACCAAGGGUUACCGUUAUAAGAUGCGUUUUGUGUAUGCCCAUUUUCCGAUUAAUGCCUCCAUCACCAACAGCGGCACCGCUAUCGAGAUUCGCAACUUCCUUGGAGAGAAAAGGGUGAGGAAGGUCGACAUGCUUGAAGGGGUUUCCAUUGUGCGGUCGGAGAAGGUGAAGGAUGAACUGAUUUUAGAUGGAAAUGACAUUGAGCUUGUUUCUCGAUCUGCUGCUCUGAUUAACCAGAAAUGCCAUGUCAAGAACAAGGAUAUAAGGAAAUUCCUUGAUGGUAUUUAUGUUAGCGAGAAGGGAGCAAUUGCUGAGGAAGAAUAAAUUAUUAGUAUCAGUCCAUUGCUGCUUUCCUUGUGUGUCUCACUUUUUUGUGUUUUAUUACAGACUUUUUCGUUUCAUGUCGUUAGAGUAUCUUUCAUUUUGUGUUGGAAUGAAUAUUUUUGCCGUUGUUAUACUUACAUUCUUUAUGAUUUGAAGUUUUUCUCUAA